UUUUGUUCGAUUUGUUGAUUUAGUUUAGUGAGUGGAAAAACUGCAUUUGAAUCUCGCCCAACAUGAAUAUCGGCAGUGCCUUGAGUUUCUGUACACACAUAUCUAAUUCAAGUGAAUGUUUUUGGAAUUAACAAACAAAAAUAAUAGUAAAUGUAAAAAAAAAUACGUAGUAAAUAAAUUCAUUCAAACUCAAAAUUCUACAAAUUGCCCAAUAUUUGGGGCAAGACAAACAUUGGUUUUCGCCUUAAUGUAAUAUGAGUGAAAGACACACGGCUUUCGUUUUAAAUGCCAAAACAAUGGGCAUCUCAUCAUCAUCAUCACCAGCGCCAGUGCGUUCUUCUCCCUCAAGCUCACCCACCAGGGAGAGGAGAGGUAGUUGCAGCAAUCCACAGCAACAGCAACAGGAGCAAAAGCACCCGAAGCAGCAGCAGCAGCAGCAAGAGAAGACUUCAACAGCCUUAGUUGGACCAACCACGUCCUCUUUAUUCGCUAACCACAACGAUAUGGGUCGCUUGGGGGGAGCCAUGCAACAAGUGGCUGCUGGAUCCUCACUUUGUCCUCCACAUGCUCAAUGCAAUGUUGCUACCGAUACCAUAUCCACAGAUUACUAUCGAAGUCGUUUGAACCGUCUACGUGACCUUUCCGGCGAUACAGCCCAAAUGAACUUUGAGCUGAAUAACAUAUUUGUCAAGCGAUUGGAGGAGAUUGAUUGUCUGGACAAGCAAAAGGGUGAUGCAACGAAUCUUACACCGCAAUUGCGUUUGAUAACAUUUCAAGAAUGGGUCGAUUUGCUUCUACAUGUGAAUAAUAUAAUGUUUGGCAAUAUGUCUGCCUUGGAGGAGGAAGCCUAUGAGAAAAUAUCUUCUUAUUUUCAAUCGAUUCGUGGUGAACAACAGGAAUCUCUAGAGGAGAAUCGCAAAUUGCGUCGCGAUAUCUGUGAGAUAAUGAAACUCGUGCAGAAUGCCUAUCAUAAGAAUGUCUGGAAUACCCAAGAUAUGUGCCUGGAAACGUUGACCGUGAAUCACUUGCUGGGCGUUCCCAGGGAUCAAACGCCAACGGAGAGUGAAAGUGAGAAGGUAAAUAAAUGCAUGAAAUCCUUGGUUAAUGAAAUGGCAGCCAAACAUGAUGAAGUCUGCCAUUUGCAGAGGCAAUUGUGUGCCCUAGAUGGGGUCGUACAAACAGCCAGGCAAAAGAUUAUCCUUAAGGAUCAGUGCAUAGCCCAGCUAAAUCAACAGUUGGCAGAAGUCACAGAACGUUUGGCCAAUCUCGAGAAGUCCUCAGAGGAUAUCAAAUCCCAAGAAAAUUCAUGUAGCCAAGCCGAUGAGCAAUUUAAUUUUGGUUUAUUGGAAGGAUUAAGCCAUCAAGAUCAACAGGAGAGUGAAGUUUUAAAGAUACUCAAUGCGGAACUAAACGAACUCUUCAAUUUGAGUAAUCAAAAUAAAACAUCGAUGGAAUGUUCUAAAAAGACUUUGGCCUGUUACAUAAAGAAAAUUAACUCUGAAUAUUCAGAGUCUUUGAAAAAGUUGGAAUUCAUACGAAAUCAAAUCUUUUUAUUGGAAUGUGACAUGGAUAAAUCGCCGCUUCCCUUGGCCUCCAGUACACAAAAGCCACAGCCACUUCAGAUUCAAGACAAUUCGGAACUGCAUGUUUUGGAUUCCUUACGAAAUCGUUUACUAUCCAUCAGCAAUUGUAAUAAGGAAUUAAGAUCAAAGUGCCAGCACAUGGAUGUGCAAUAUGCAGAAUUACUCGCUAAAUAUGAAACUGAUAACAGCAUAAAUCAAAGAAAUUGCACUAUACUCAAGGAAUUGGCUGACCUUAUUUGUAGAUUGCGCUCAAUGGAAUUCUCAUAUAGUGACAUUUAUACUGAAUCAUCAACGAGAAAUCCUUUCUGUGCGGCCGUUAUGGAUAUAUUUGAGAAUAAUAAUCGCCAAGAGCAACAACUAAAGACUUUUAAUCAACGUUUGGCCUGUGAAAUUGAUAAUCUACAUACAACUUUAAAGGAUCGAGAUCAUCAGAUUAAGCAAUUGCAUGACAUGAUCACUGGCUUUAACGAUAUCCAUGAGAAUACACGACUUAAAAAUGAGAUUUACGACUUAAAACAAAAGAAUUGCGUUCAAGCGAGAGUAGUACGUAAAAUGGGCUUAGAGCUGAAGGGUGAGGAGGAGCAGCGUAUUGAACUUUGUGAUAAGUACGAGAAACUUUUGGGUAGCUUUGAGGAGCAAUGUAAGGAAUUGAAACGAGCCAAUAGUCGUGUUAAUACAUUACAGGAGAGAUUAAGUCAAGUUGAGAAGCUGCAAGAAGAGCUAAGAACUGAGCGCAAUAUCCUGCGCGAGGAAGUCAUAGCCCUGAAGGAGAAAGAUGCCAAACGCAAUGGUCACGAACGUGCUCUAUGCGAUCAAUUGAAAUGCUGCCGCACGGAAAUUGAACAAUCACGGACUCUCAUACGGAACAUGCAGUGCCAUCUGAAACUGGAGGAAGCCCAUCAUCAGGACACUGUAAUGAAAUUGGAACAUGCAAACCAAGAUAUACGUCAACAGAUGGGACAUAUUGCCGACGAAUGCAGACAGAUGCAGGUCAAAUUGAAGCAGCAAACUGAUGUCAAUCAACAGCAGUACUUGAUAAUCGAAUCAUUUCGUAAUUGGAAAAUAGCCCAAGUUAGAUCAGAUGAGGCCAUGCGGCAGUGUGUGAAACGUGGAGAGGAUCAUAUCAGUACGCUGCUCGAAGAGAAUCAGCGUUUGUGUGAAGAAUAUCAGAAAUUGCAUCGAGAUUAUGAUGUGCUGGAUAAUGAAAUGCUGAGAGUUAAACAAGCUGUUAAUAGUCGUGGAUCAUCUCAGAAGUUAAUUAAUCCAAGUGAGCCUAUAGGCAACGAUAUGGCCAAAUGUGUGCAAGAUCUAAGUGAUACAUCUCGACGCAUAGCCGAUCUUAAUGACAAAUCGCUUCAUCAAAUGCCAUGGCGGGCACCAGGAGGGGAAGAACGAAUGUACCAGCAACAACAACAACAGGGAUCCAAUGCAACAAUAGCCUCUCCACUGUGGUCACUGAAAGACACACAAUUCUCGGAUAAACUGCCAGCAGCAGCAUCAAAGUAGCGUCUAUUUCAAUCAUCCAUCCUCAUCCAUUCGAAACCAAGUGAACUUUUUGACAAAACCAAAUUCGGCCAAUUGCAUUUGUAACUGUAAAUUAUAUAUAUUAUAUAUAUAUAUAUAUAUAUUUGUAAAUUGUAGUUUAAUAAAAACUAAGUAAUCAGA